AUGUCGUAUAACCAACAUGGAGGCAUGUUCUGGGCCUCACGAGUUGAAUGCACAGCUAACAAAGUUGUAGGCAGUCCGUAUGGUGCGCCGCCAGGAUAUGGUGGCUACGGAAAUCCUCCUCCUGGCAUGAGUGCGCCGCCAGGGCUAGGUGCUCCUCCUCCAGGCGUCCCAGCCCGUCCAGGCAUGCCACCGGGCAUGCAGCAAGCGAAUGCGCCGUCCGCGGGUCGUGGUCCGCCAGCAUCCUUUCAGCCUCCAAAUAUUCCCAACAUCAACUUUAGCGCACCCGUGAUUCGACUCGGCACGACAGGACCGGCCGGCGGAAACGACCGAAGCGACGGUCCCAGAGGCGGCGGCCGUCCGGGGCUGGGCAUGGACAGAGGCCAAGACUCAGGACGAUUGUUGAACCGUGACGUUUCUCAAGUCCUGAUCCCACCAACAGCCGAGGAAAAAUUGCGGACGAUGUUCAUACACGAGAUUCCCGAGGGAGUGGGCAGCGAUGGCAUUCAAAAGAUUCUCAGCGCUGUGGGACGGUUAAGGCGAUGGGAAGCGCUGGAUAGCGUAAUGAAUGAUCACAAAGGGGCCAAAUUUGGCUUUGCGCUUUUCGAGGACGUCGAGUCGCUGCACAACGCCGCGCGCUUGUUGGUUGAGGAGGAGGUUCAAGUGCCCAAGACGAAGCAGCCCAUUGCGACAGAACAGCCAAAGGACGACACAUUUGAAGAUUUUGAAAAGGUAAAGCUACAAACUACGUUGGACGCCAGCACGGUCAACUACCUAGAGGCGUUCCGUAAGGAGGAGGAGGAAGCCGAUGCGGGAGAGGCGCACGCCCGCGCACAGCUCAAAUACGCUCUACGAGAUUUAUUCUAUCCAUUAUCGGCGUCGACAUCCCGCCAUGUGGAUACUGUCAUGGAUAAUGCUGGAAACGGAGAGGCAGUCGAGGUUGUCAAUAUUGGGCUGGCACAAGAAGACGAGUUGGCCGAUAUCCCAGCCGAGAUUCGCGAAGUUGUGCUUAAAGAGAUUGCCGCUUUCCGCGAACGUAGCAACCAGCACGACUUGGAACGUUUACGUGGCGAGGAAGAGUUUGAAGAGCAAGAACGGCGACGCAACGGAGCAUCGCGGCCCGCGCCGCAAGAAGGCUCCAACGGCAUACCCCUUGGCCCUCGCGGCGCACCCUCCGGGCCCCGCGCCCAAAAUGGCACCAGUGGUGGCGACUUUGUCAACGGCGGCGUCGAAAACGGCGGCAUCACCUACCGCGAUGACGACACGGACGCCAGCGACGAAGAGCUGCAUCGACGCCACCUCGACGAGGAAAAGGCGAGCGCGGAUCGGCUGUACAGCGAGGCGGAGCGCAAGUGGGCGAGCCGCGAGCGCGCGCGGCAGGCAGCGCUGGAUCGCGAGCGCAACCGCGAAAAGGACGGCGCCGAGGCGCAGCGGCGGCGCGCGCAGGCCCGCCUCGCGCAGGAUAAGGAGUGGGACGACGAGCGCGAGGCGAGUCGCAAGACGCACCCGUACUACCGGGACCACGCCGCGUGGGCCCGCAAGCGCGCGGGCGACCGCGCCGACGAGGAGGCCAAGGACGAGGCGGACCGGCGCCAGGAAAAGGAGGACGAGCGCCGCGCGGCGGCCCAGCGGGAGCGCGCGCUCGGCAUGGCGGACUCUUUCCUCGACAAGCAGGCCGAAGAAUCGUCGCGGCCUCGCGAGACGGAAACCGAUUCAACUGCUGCCGCCGCUGCUGCUGCGCCCGCUGCGGCGCCGCAGCCAUUCAAGCUGUCCCUGGGUGCUGCCGCGCAAAAGGCGCAAGCGUCGCGGGGUGCGGCCGCGGCGCGCCGCCGCACCGUUGCCGAGGUCGAGGGCCUGCUCGACGACGAAGAGGAGCAGGACGCGACGCGCCGACUGCGACCGCUGAUCCCGCUCGAGCACGACGACGGGGGCUCGGGUGCCGUUGGCGGUGCCGGCGGCGCCGCGGGCAUGACGGACGAGGAGGUGUCGCGGGCGGUGCGGGCGCUGGCGCAGGAGAUUCCGUCGGACCGCGAGGGCCUCUGGCGGUGGGAGGUGCAGUGGGAUCACAUGGACGAAGGUGUCGUGGCGGACAGGCUCCGGCCGUUUGUGGAGAAGAAGAUUGUGGAAUACCUCGGCGUGCAGGAGGAGAUGCUGGUGGAGGCGGUCGAAGAGCAUCUGCGCAAGCAUGGGACGGCGGCGGCGUUGGUGGAGGAGUUGGAAGGGGCACUAGACGACGAGGCCGAGGACCUGGUCAAAAAGUUGUGGCGCAUGGUCAUCUUCUUUACCGAAUCGGAAAAGAGGGGCCUCCCGGCGUAA